ACAGCAGGACUGAGUGGCGACACCUGCACAGUUAGCCAGGUACGGACGCAGUACGCACAGUGCGCAGUGGGCUCUGGACUCAACGCUUCACCUAUCCUCAGUCACCUGGACCCUGCACUCUGCCUUCACAACAGGAUCCAGGCCUCCAAGGAGCAAGAUGACGACCCAGUUGCCACAAGAGAUCUCCAGCAAUCGUAGCACUCCCACCAUCAUGGAGCCUCACUCCCGGAGACAGCAGGACAGAGAAGAGAAGAUUCCCCUCCAGGCAGAAGACAUCCGGCCUGAAAUAAAAGAUGAUCUAUAUGACCCCAGCUACCAGGAUGAGGAGGGGCCCCUGCCCAAGCUGGAGUAUGUCUGGAAGAACAUCAUCUUCAUGGUCCUGCUGCACGUGGGAGCCCUGUACGGGAUCACGCUGGUUCCCUCCUGCAAGGUCUACACCUGGCUCUUGGGAAUAUUCUACAACAUGGUUGCCGGUUUGGGUGUCACAGCCGGAGCUCAUCGCCUGUGGAGCCACCGAACCUAUAAAGCAAGGCUGCCCCUGCGGAUCUUCCUCAUCAUAGCCAACACCAUGGCUUUCCAGAACGAUGUGUAUGAGUGGGCCCGAGAUCACCGCGCCCACCACAAGUUCUCAGAAACACACGCUGACCCUCACAAUUCCCGCCGUGGCUUCUUCUUCUCUCACGUGGGUUGGCUGCUUGUACGCAAACACCCGGCUGUCAAAGAGAAGGGCAGAAAACUGGACAUGUCUGACCUAAAGGCUGAGAAGCUGGUGAUGUUCCAGAGGAGGUACUACAAGCUAGCUGUCGCGCUCAUUUUCAUCAUCCUGACCACACUGGUACCUUGGUACUUCUGGGGUGAAACUUUUCGACACAGCUUAUGUGUCACUACUUUCCUGCGGUAUGCUAUACUUCUAAACUUCACCUGGCUGGUGAACAGUGCGGCCCACCUCUAUGGAAACCGGCCCUAUGACAGGGGCAUCGGUGCCCGAGAGAAUCCCCUGGUUUCAAUGGCAUCUUUGGGCGAGGGCUUCCACAACUACCAUCACGCCUUCCCCUAUGACUACUCUGUCAGUGAGUACCGCUGGCACAUCAACUUCACCACGUUCUUCAUCGACUGCAUGGCUGCCCUCGGCCUGGCUUACGACCGGAAGAAAGUAUCUACGGCCACCGUCUUAGCCAGGAUUAAGAGAACUGGAGACGGGAGCCACAGGAGUAGCUGAAUUUGGGGUCAUCUGGGUCUCUGUUCCAUAAACCAACUAGGCCAACAUUCAGUGUUCUGUUAACUACUGAAUAAUGCUAUUGAAGUCUACUCCUGAACUUUUUUGGGAGGCACUUGGUCUCUCUGUUUCUGUCUCUCUCUCUGUCUCUCUGUCUGUCUCUCUCUCUGUGUGUGUCUCUCUCUUUCUCUCAUCUAUUAGGCUCUAUAGACCAGGUUGGCCCCAAACUCACAAAGGUCUUCCUGCCUCUGCCUCACAAUUGUUGGGAUUAAAGGGGUGUAUCACCAUGCCCAGCUCCGCGAAGCCUUGUGAAACGUUCAAGCAACUCUCCUUUAUGACCUGUCUGUUUUCUGGCCCCACCCCACACCCUUUGCCCCUCUUUUGCUUGUUUUCCUUUUCUCCUCUGAGAAGCAGGCAGUGAGUGCUUGGUCCACCUUCCUAAAGGCUUCACAGCCUUUCUGCCGUCCCAAAGUAAGGACCCUCAUCACGGACAGUUCUCUGUCUAGGUAUUUGCCCAAAGCUAGCGAUACGACAAAACCUUUUAGGAAAUGUCUUCUUCAUCGUCUCUAGUUCAAGCUUUUCUGAAGGAAAAGGGAAAAAUAGCACUGUUGUUAUAGAAGUACUAAAGCUGGCAAGUCCUCGGGUGGGAAAGCGUGCAGAGUGCGUGACUGCUCAGAAGCAGGGGAGGAUCAAGAAAACAGCUUUCAUCUCAAGCCAGACAUGUGACUACGGCCAGGAACACAGAUUCAAGUUACACCCAACUGUUCUAACUAGUAACACUUUCAUAAGGUUUCUAUAGUAACAGAACAAAAAAGUCAUACAUUAAAGUGUUCUUAAAACUG